AUGUUUAGCUUCAUGAAAUGGAGUCGAAAUCCCAACGAUGAAGGUCGCGCCGUCGAAUCCUGCAAAACGGAAAUAGCAUCAAGAAACUACACACCAAUUCACUACACUAGAGGUUUGUUCAGACACCAGGUCAGCCCCCGAAAUCUGCCAUCUCCCAAACCAGAGAAUCUGUCAGGACUUGGCACUACUCUUGAUGUUUGA